GCCAAAUCAGAAGACGCACUAGGCGUAUCGUUUUUCAAGUGAUCAGAACCCUCGUUGCGCUAUGCCGCGAUAUUACGACACCGCAAAGUGAAAAGAGCUGUACACGGCCGCAUGAUGUGCGCAGCGUGUCCGGUAUUCUGAUUAAAGCCUGAAAUGACCUCACGGCUUCCACGGCCAACUUUUAUUAACUAUACAUACCCUCCCCACCUUCGCUUUCUUUUAAUUCUUCCGACUGUUUGGAUUGCGCGUCUACCCUGCUGCCAGUGGCACGCCUCCCCCUUCUCGUCUUCAAGGACGUCUCCUUCCACUGCAAUGCCAUCAUGUGGCCUCACGAAGCGUGGCACACGGUUUUUGAUCCUGGCCAUCUUGUUGUGUUUUGUGCUCCCUGGAAUAUUUUAUCACCGUGAACUUGUACAGACUUACUUCUACAAUAAUAAUCGACCACCACCAUUGUACAAGGAGUAUCGAGAGCGGGAGCAACAUUUGGAGCACUACACGGAGUAUCAAACAAGGAAGGAUGUGAAAUAUCUUUGGUCAGCCAACCAUGCGAAAAGCUCGGGAUGGGGAAAUGUGAUGCAGGACUAUGUGAUGAAUGGGCUGCUUGCCCAUGCCUCAGGACGCUCUUAUGUCUUUGAUGACUACGUCUGGAAUCCAGAUGGCUCGGUUUUUUCGGACUAUAAUGGACAUUUGAUUCCCUCUCGGAUUCCCUUGACAGCGCUGUUGGGCGGUGUUAUGGUAGGUGGUGAAAUGCCACCCGGGGACCCCACUCCUCGCGCGGUCUCAAAAGAUUUCUUCCGCAAAGUCUGCCCGAAUCCGACAGUCCUUCACGUGUCGGAAGUGAACGAUGAUAGUAUGCGAUUCGACGAGAACGUGCCUGCCUCACUUUUAUUCGAAAAGUGGAUCGAAAAAGUCACUUCGAUUGAAGACCCAUGUCUGGAAAUUGACGCGCAGAGUGAUGCGAUUUUCGAGUACUGGAUAUUUGGACACAAGAGAAUGCUGAGCAUUUGGCCAUACCUCAAGGAUGACACGGUGGCAACGCAUUGGGGUUGGUCGCCUUUAAUUCACGAUGCAUACCGAAGAAAUCGCCACAUCUUCGUGCCAAAUGUAAAACCUACCCUUUUUGAAGGGUUCUCCAGUUCUGUGUCGGAAAACUACUCACAGCCGAUACCUGGCCUCCUAGCGCUACACGUGCGGAGGGGUGACUUCCAGGGCCACUGCGUCCACCUGGGCAAAUGGUCAUCAAACUGGAAUGCGUUCAAUAUGUUCCCUGAGUUCUCCGACCAAUUCCAAAGGCCCACUGAUGGUGGAUGGGGUGAGACAUCGGACAAGAAUAUGCAGAUGUAUAUGCGGCGAUGCUUUCCCACGAUCGAGCAAAUCGUCCAGAAAGUCAUGCAAGUGCGCGUUGAGUCGGAAUGGCCGCUGACGCAUAUCUACAUCAUGACCAACGGCGCAGUCGCUUGGGUCGAGGAACUGAAAGACGCUUUGGCGAGCUCUGCGAAUUGGGACCAGGUUCGGAGCAGCCGCGAUCUCGACAUCACAUGGGAGCAGAAAUUUGUGGCGCAGGCGUUGGAUAUGUUUGUGGCCCAAAGAGCUGAAGUGUUGAUCGGAAAUGGGUGGUCGAGUCUGACCUCGAACGUUGUGAUGCUGCGUAUGGCGCAGGGUUUACCCCCGGACAGCAACAGAUUUUGGUAGCGAUACCCCCUAUCUUUUACAUCCUACGAUAGAGGCACGGACGCAUGAUCUAUGACUUUUAUUAUUCGGUGCUUGUGAUUAGGGUUGAUGUCGUGCGUCAGGCUACAGUCGCUACAGUAAUACAUCGUCAUUCGGUGCCAGGUACAAACUAUGUUACAGGAAUCAAACAUCAUCUAUCAGGAUUCA